AUGGAAACAGACAAGGAGAAGAACACCAGAACUCCAGGAAAUGAGGAGAAAAUCCUCCGGAAGUGUGCAUGCGGAUGGGAAAAAGAGACCACGUUUAGGGGGUUGCGAAUCCACCAGGGGAAGGCAAAGUGUGGUCAGAAAGGCCAACAGCAACCUUGCACUGCUUUGGCAGGUGAGACAAGUGGGACCGAAAGCCAGGGGAAAAACCACAGUGCCAAUGGACCCAAAGUUGCACAAGGCAUAGAUGUCACAGAGGAAGAAGGCCCAAUGGUGGAGGGUGAGCCCCCACGUGAGCACCAAAACCCAGUCGCAACCAACUCACACAGGACAGAGCCUCAAGCAGAGACCAAGAAACCAACCAGAAGGAGUAAGCUCAAGUGGCCGAAAUCAAACGAGACAGAGGCAUGGAGAACGCUGGACACUGACCUGGUAAAGGCGCUGGAGGCAUCCUUGCAUGGAGGGGUGGAAGCCAAGCUUAACCAGUUCGGGGACAUCCUAUACCAGGCCUGCAGCGACAGGUUCAGUGAAGUAACCCCCAGCCAAAGGACCACACAAAGAGAGAAGGGAAGGAGGGAGAUGGAGAUCGACCACCUUGUGCGAAGGCGCAGACAACUCCGCAAGAACUGGAGGAAGGCAACACUGGAGGAGAAAGAGGGUCUGAAAGCCCUUUGGGAGGAGAUCAGGCAAAGACUCUCCAGGCUCCGCCGAGCAGAACGUAUCCGCAAGCGCAGCAAACGGAAACAAAAAGAACGAGCCAGCUUCUUCAAAGACCCCUUUAAGCAUGCCAGACAGCUGCUGGAGGAGAAGAAGAGCGGGAAGCUCGAAACCACCAGGGAGCAACUUGAACAGCAUGUCAGCGGGCAAUACAGCGACCCUGCAAGGAACGUCCCACUAGGAACACCUGGGUAUGUACCACGACCCGCACCACCGAGUGCUGAGUUCAACACCAUGCCCCCAAGCUCAGUGAAGUCAGGCAAAUCGUGAAGAAGGCAAGGUCUUCAUCAUCACCUGACCCCAAUGGAGUCCCUUAUAAGCUCUAUAAGAACUGUCCCAAGGUGCUAGAGCUGCUAUGGUACCUUAUGAGAACAGCCUGGAAAAAGCAGGUAAUUCCAUCAGAGUGGCAGAGAGCUGUUGCGGUCUUCAUCCCCAAAGAAGAGAACUCCAAAGACAUCAGCCAGUUUAGGAACAUCGCACUACUGAACGUAGAAGGGAAGAUUUUCUUCUCAGUCUUGGCCAGAAGGAUGACCAACUACCUGCUAGAGAAUGGCUAUAUAGACACCAACUGCCAGAAAGCGGGAGUCCCAGGCUUUCCAGGGUGUGUAGAGCACUCCACAAUGAUCUGGGACCAGAUCCAGAAGGCCAAGCGGGAGAAGAGUGACCUGCAUGUUGUCUGGCUUGAUCUUGCCAACGCGUAUGGAUCAGUCCCACACAAGCUGAUCAACUACGCCAUGGAGUUCUUCGACAUACCUUCCUGCAUCAAGAACAUCGUAGCAUCCUACUUCAAUGACCUGCAGAUGUGCUUUAGCCUCCAAGACUUCACCACCGGUUGGCAUCGGCUCGAGGUAGGAAUCGCUAUGGGUUGUGCAAUCUCUCCAAUUCUAUUUGUGGCUGCCUUCGAGGUUAUCCUCAUCGGAGCAAGACAGAUGGUUGGAGGGAUGAAAUUACCAUCCGGGCAGAGACUACCCCCGUUGAGGUCCUACAUGGACGACGUCACCAGCCUCCUUCAGACAGCAGCAUGUACAUCGAGACUGCUGAAAAGAAUGGAUGAGCUGAUGUCGUGGGCACGAAUGAAGAUCAAGCCCUCAAAAUCACGGAGCCUGUCCCUCAGAAGAGGAGUCCGAAGCGACAGUACCAUCUUCGUCGUAGGGGGAGAGAAAAUCCCACUCCUCUCUGAGCAACCCAUUAGAAGCCUUGGCAGACAGUACACUGCAGAGCUCUCGGACAAACAGAUGGGAAGAAGCGUCAUGAAGCAGCUGUCAGAAGGACUGGCAAAGAUCGACCGAAGCCAGCUCCCUGGGAAGUUCAAAGUCUGGUGCUACCAGUUCACACUCUACAGGAGGGUGAUGUGGCCGCUGAAAAUGAGUGAGAUCCCCUCAUCCACUGCAAGUAAGAUGGAUGGAAAAGCCAACUCAUUCAUCCGAAAGUGGUUGGGGCUGCCACGGUGCCUCUCUGAAACUGGCCUCUUUGGAAGGAACACACUACAGCUGCCGUUGCAAUCAAUCAGUUUGGGAUACAUGCAGGAAAAGACCAGGCUUGUCCUCGAACUGAGAGAGUCCACCGACCAGACUGUACAGAACGCAAACGCCAAGGUUCCCACAGGCCGGAAGUGGAACGCCAAAACUGAAGUCGACCGAGCCAUUGGUCGACUGCAACAUCAAGAGAUUGUCGGCAGAGUCCAGGCAGGAAGAGCUGGACUAGGGUGGGGAAAAGCGCCACGGUUCUGGUCCAAGGCCAGCCGCAAAGAGAGGAAGGAGUUGGUGGUGGCGGAGGUGACAAGGACGGAGGAAGAGCGCUACAAGAUCAAGGCCGUGUCGCAGGGCCGACAGGGUAGCUGGACAACCUGGGAAGGAGUAGCCAACAGAAACAUCAGGUGGGCAGACCUAUGGAAGAUCCCACAGGCAAGACUCAGCUUCCUUGUCCGCUCAACCUACGACACGCUUCCCUGUCCGCGGAACCUCCACCAGUGGUUCGGGAGUGAGGAGAGCUGCCCACCCUGCAGUGAGCCUAACGCAAGCCUUCAGCACAUCUUGUCAGGCUGCAAGAUCGCACUCUCCCAAGGACGCUACAGGUGGCGCCACGACCAGGUCCUGAGGAAGCUGGCUGAGGUGCUAGAGGGGCAGCGACAGGGCAACAAAGGGUCACCACCAGUAGGGAACCACAUCAGCUUUGUCACGGAGGGUGGGGGAAGAAGAAACACCAGGCCAAGAGAAACAUCCAGGCCGUUUGCCCCCGACCAGGAGUGGGACAUGAGGGUCGACCUAGACAGACAGCUCCGCUUUCCCACUGAGAUCACCACCACACCUCUCCGGCCUGACAUAGUGGUGUGGUCCACCAAGGCGAAAUCCGUACACCUCAUCGAACUCACGGUGCCAAUGGAGGAGGGGAUUGAGGCCGCCUUCGAACGGAAGAAGGCCAAGUACUCCGACCUUGCCGCUGAGUGCCGGGAGGCUGGCUGGAGGACCACCAUCUACCCAGUGGAGGUCGGAUGCCGAGGCUUUGUGGGGAUGUCAACCAUACGCUUCUUGAAGGAUGCAGGAGUGACCGGAGGAAACCUCAAGAAAGCAACCAAAGAGCUUGCAGAGGAGGCUGAGAAGGGGAGCUUUUGGCUUUGGCUGAGGAGGAAGGACAAGUGCUGGGGAAAGAACACCUAA